AUGGAGGAGAGAACCACAGGAAGAAAUGGAAGCUCUAGAAAGGGUAGCUUCAGGUUGGGAAUAGGAGUGGAUGGAAAGAAGGAUCACACUGUGGUGGAGCUUGGAAGUGUUGACACACACAGACUUCUUCUCAGCGGUGCAGAGAGAGAGAGAAAGCAACAACCUCUCACCAACUCUCUCUCUUCCAGGCAAAUGAAAUCCCUCUCUGCUCUCUGUGACACUAUCUUACCUUCUGUCCAACACUUUGUUCACACUUCCGACGAAUCUGUCAACAAGUUCUAUCAGAUUUCAGCUUCCAUGGCAGGCACACCAGAACGUUUAGGGGGAAUGAUAUGUGAGAAACUGAAACAUCCAAUGACAUGGUUACUAAAGUUGGUGUUAUGGGUGUUGUCAACGUGGUUUGGAACAUUAAUUUUGUGUGGGAUGGGAUGUGUCUCAACCCAGUUCCCCUUCAUCCACAGCUUUCCUGAUCUGUCUCUACAGAAAAGGCAAGAGAUUAUGCGAUCAUGGUCUCUCAGUUACCUUCGUCAGUUAAGGAUGUUCUUCAGAACUAUCAAACUUCUCACUCUCCUUGUCUUCUUUACUCAGAUAGAUGAAUCAGAGGACAACAUUUCAUGGAAAGCAAUUGGAUACUGUGGACCUGAUCCAGAAUUCAAAGCUCAGUUGAAGAACCACUUUUUAGAUGGAAAAUCUAAGGGAGGAGAAGAGGAUACGGAAGAUGAAGAUGCUGAAGAGGUGAUAGGACCCCUUUACAAAGGUCUUGUCCAUCUGAAUUACCCACGAGACAUCGCUGUAGAUGCUCUAAGAAGAUUUGGAUUCCCUGUUUCUGUCAUUCGUAGAAAGCAUAAAGCUGCAGCAAAAUUGUCUUCACCUUCUUUGGUGAUACAAUGUGAUGCUGUGGUGGUUGGUUCUGGCUCAGGGGGUGGAGUGAUGGCUGGUGUUCUAGCAAAAGCUGGUUACAAAGUGUUGGUGUUGGAGAAAGGAGGCUACUCUGCUAGGAACAAUCUUUCCCUUCUUGAAGGACCAACCAUGGAUCAAAUGUACCUCAAUGGAGGAAUGGUUGCAAGUGAUGACAUGGGUAUGUUCAUACUAUCAGGAUCGACUGUUGGUGGAGGGUCAGCGAUAAACUGGUCUGCAAGCAUUAAAACCCCACGGCAUGUGUGCAAGGAAUGGUGUGAGAAACAUGGGCUAGAGUUGUUUGAGAGUAAAUUGUAUAGAGAAGCAUUGGAUGCUGUCUGUGAGAAGAUGGAAGUUCAAUCUGAAAUCGAAGAUGAAGGAUUCAACAAUGCUGUCCUGAGAAAAGGGUGUCAAGAAAUGGGGUAUCCUGUUAGUACAAUUCCUAGGAAUUCUCCAUCAGAUCAUUACUGUGGCUGGUGUUGCAUGGGUUGUAAGGAUGGGAGGAAGAAGGGUACCCAAGAAACAUGGUUGGUGGACUUGGUGAAAUCGGGCAAUGGAGCAAUUCUUCCAGGUUGUGAGGCAAUAAAAGUCUUGCACAAGAAAAAGGAAAGAACCGAUAGAAAGGUUGCACGUGGAGUGGCUUUUGAAUUUGAAUACAAAGGGACCAAAGACAUUUGUGUGGUGGAGUCCAAGGUCACAAUUGUAGCAUGUGGAGCACUUUGUACUCCAUCAUUGCUUAAAAGAAGUGGCUUAAGGAAUCAGAACAUAGGGAGGCACUUGCAUCUUCACCCAGUAACAAUGGCUUGGGGUUAUUUCCCAGAUGAACCUGCUUCUGAGGUUUGGCCAGAGGCAUAUAAGAAGAGCUACGAAGGAGGGAUAAUGACAGCAAUGUCCUCUGUAGUUGCAGAGUUUGAACAAUCUGGAUAUGGUGCAGUGAUCCAAACACCUUCAUUGCAUCCUGGUAUGUUCUCAAUUGUCACACCAUGGACAUCUGGGAUCGAUAUAAGAGAUCGAAUGCAAAAAUUUUCUAGAACAGCUCAUAUAUUUGCACUGGCAAGGGAUAAAGGAUCGGGGACUGUGGACUCACCAAAGAAUAUCAGUUAUAAAUUGGCAGGUGUAGAUGAAGAGAACUUACAGAAAGGAAUUGAAAAAGUGCUGAGAAUUCUGGCAGCAGCUGGAGCUGAAGAAAUUGGGACACAUCAUAAUGAGGGAAGGACCUUAAAUGUAAAACAAGUGAGCUAUCAUGAAUUUGAGAAAUUUGUUAAGGAGGAAAGCUCAAGGCCACUGGCAGACCUUUCCACACCAUUGUGCUCAGCACAUCAGAUGGGGAGUUGCCGGAUGGGUUCUAAUCCAAAGCAAUCAGUGGUGAAUCAGACAGGAGAAACGUGGGAAAUGGAAGGCCUUUAUGUGGCUGAUACAAGUGUCUUUCCCACAGCUUUGGGAGUGAAUCCAAUGGUCACUGUUCAAGCUAUUGCUUAUUGCACAGCACAAUCUGUUGUACAAGUUCUCAGAAGGAAAAGAAGUAAAUGA